ACUUGGUGGGAGAGUAGUUUUUCCCAAGGUUCCCACAUCUACCGUUCAACACACAGCUGCAAAGCGUCCAAAGGCUCCAGACUUUCCCCAAAACCCCCCAUCAAAAAAUUCACAAUUAUGGUUGUCCAGUCACCUGCAUCAUCGUCGUCGUCUUCUUUUUCUUCUCUCUGCAAGUCUUACUAUUAACAAUGUCUGAGACCUCCACGACCACCGGCACAACUGCGCCCCUGCUCCGACCACGUCAGGGCACCGCCGAGGAGUCCGCCAGGCCUACUACGCUCGCGCUUCUCAUGGGUCGGGCCACGGGCCGGCGGGGUCCCUCGAUGCUGGUCAGGGAGACGGCGGCGCGUGAGCUGGAGGAACGGCGUGCCGACUGGGGUUACUCCAAGCCGGUGGUGGCUCUGGACAUGAUGUGGAACAUGUCCUUCGUGAUCGUUUCGAUUGUCAUGCUGAUUUGCACGGCGCGUGAGAGGCCCAACACCCCGAUUCGGCUCUGGAUCUGCGGCUACGCGUUGCAGUGCGGGGUUCAUGUGGUGCUGGUGUGGCUCGAGUACCGGAGGAGGAAUAGGCGGCGGGUUCGCGAUGAGGAACAGCAGCAGCAGCUGCAGCACUCAGAUUCCGAUGUCAAUGAUAGCGAGGACGAGGAUGGCAAUUCGAGCGCUUCGGGGGGUUUCAAUCAGUCGAGUGUCACCAAACGGUGUGAAUCAGUGAAUACAAUGGCAUCAUUUCUCUGGUGGAUAGUUGGCUUCUAUUGGGUGGUCUCUGGUGGUGAAACCCUCCUGCAAAAUGCUCCUCGUCUCUACUGGUUGGCUGUGGUAUUUCUGGCAUUUGAUGUAUUCUUUGCCAUCUUUUGUGUUGUUUUGGCAUGUUUGAUUGGGAUUGCUCUUUGCUGCUGUUUGCCUUGCAUUAUUGCAAUUCUUUAUGCUGUUGCUGGCCAGGAAGGUGCAUCUGAGGCAGAUCUCAGUAUGCUUCCGAGAUACAGGUUUGAAGCGAACAAUGAAGAAAAGUCUGGUGUAGGAGCAGGCACAAUGAUUCCCACAGAAACGAGCAGUGGAUACUUGGCAAAUGAACGCAUUCUUUUACCUGAGGAUGCGGAAUGCUGUAUAUGUCUCAGCUCAUAUGAGGAUGGAGCAGAGCUGCAUGCACUCCCCUGCAACCACCAUUUCCAUUCUACAUGCAUUGCGAAAUGGCUCAAGAUGAAUGCGACAUGCCCCCUCUGUAAGUACAAUAUCCUCAAAGGAAGUGAACAGAUUUGAAGAAGAGAAGGGAAACCUGCAAAUAGCCUGAUUCAUCUCCGCACUAUCCUUGUGCACAGAAGAAAUCAAGGCAGAAAAACUCUGGCUUCUCCGAUACAUUUAUUAGUUUGGGCUUCAUCAUGUGUUCUCUAGCCUUUUGAAGUUGCCUUGAUACUUUUUCUUUGACUCUUUAUGAGUUGUUUCACACUCUUGUGCAAAAACUGAGUGAACAAUUUGCAGGCUUUGUUUUAUGCUUGUUGGCAUUGUUUUGUAGUUAAUCUGCAGAAAGGAAAUGGCUUCAAAUAUGUAGUAGUAUGAAUAUUAAAGCUAAUUAUACAUAGUCUUGCGAUUCUGGACAUUAGGGAUAAUGAAAUGGUUUUUUCA